CGGACGUACGUUCAGACGCUUCCGGCGAGCGUAUCGUGGGGAACGACCGCGGUUUAUCAUCUGAUUAGUUCAGUGUACACUUGGACUCAGCUGUUGUAAUACACCGUCUAGUCUUUACGUUAGGAAUUAGCGUGCAGGCCCUAGGUCAAUAUGGAUCCAAACUUCAAGCGUAGAACUGUUCACCGGAGCAUAUCGUUGCUGUUGAAAGAUAUCGAUGAAAUGUCGCUCGCGGACGUCGGUGCGUCGAAUCCUGCGAUCAACUACGAUGACAAUGGUACGACCAGCACCGUUCCGGUAGAGGAUAUAGAUCUAACCGUUGAUAAUAGCUUGGCCUGCUACUCACUUGCCGAAGAGUAUGAUGAAAAUCUGGGUUUUUCCGACUCGAUCACCAUCGUAUCGAUGGGUGGCGAGGGCCCUGUUCUAGUCCAACGCAAAGAAGGUGACGCGGACAGCGUUGCACCGGAAUCGGAAAUUCCGUACUCGUGCGUACACAAUCCACCAGUGAAAUUUAAUUCGAUGCACCGAAACGUGUUCGUUCCGGGUAUGGAAAUUAAUGUAGAGAUUAUCGACUACGAACGCAGCUUAACGGCACACAUAUUGAAUCCCAAUCUCUACACCAUCAAAUUCAGCCACGGGCAGUUCACGUGGACGAUUAAGAAGCGCUACAACCAUUUUCGAAACCUGCAUCAACAGCUGACGACAUUCCGGGCGUCAUUGAAUAUUCCGUUUCCCACCAAGAGUCACCGAGAGCGACGAACGAGCUUUAGGAAUAUGCACAAUGUGCAUCAAUGCACAGCUUCGCCAACAAUGCAAAUGAAAUUGGAAAAACCACACAAAAAGCGGAAGAAAAAUGCUCUUCCGCGGUUUCCGCUGAAACCCGACUCUCUAGUGUCGUUCGAUGCCAUACCAGAACGCAAGAAGCAGCUGGAAGAAUAUCUGUACAAUUUGCUCAACAUUUCGCUGUACCGGAACCACCAAGAUACGAUCAAUUUCCUCGAAGUGUCUCAUAUAUCCUUCAUUGCUGCUCUCGGCGAGAAGGGCAAAGAGAGCUUGCUGAAGAAGCGAACCGGAUCAACGCGUGCCGGCCAGGCCGGGUUCAAUUGCUGCGGCUGCUUAACGGCUGGCUGUUGUGUGCGCUGUAGUCACUUUUGUUCGGACGUAGUUUGGAGCAAAUGGCGGAACCGGUGGUUUUUUGUGAAAGAAACAUGCUACGGGUACUUUCGUCCGAAGGACGGGGUACUAAGAUCUGUGGUGCUGUUUGAUCAGGGGUUCGAUAUUUCAUCGGGGAUGUACAGUACCGGAAUGCGCAAUGGACUGCAGAUUGUAACCAAUUCGAGAUAUUUGGUGAUUAAGCAUCCGACGCGGCGGACGGCCAAGGAAUGGAUGGCCUAUAUGAAGAGGAUCGCGAAUGAUUCGGCGAGGGAUUUUACACUGCCCAACCCGCACCAGUCCUUUGCCCCGAGCCGGCCGGGAAUGCAGGCCGGUUGGUUCGUUGAUGGUGCUAGCUACAUGAGUGCUGUGGCGGAUGCAUUGGAAGGUGCAACGGAGGAGAUUUUCAUUACCGAUUGGAUGCUGAGUCCAGAGAUUCAUAUGAAACGACCGGCCAUCGAUGGGGAUUAUUGGCGGUUGGACAAGAUAUUGAAACGUAAGGCAGAACAGGGAAUCAAAAUUUUUGUGCUGCUUUUCAAAGAACUUGAUUUCGCGCUUGGGAUCAACAGUUACUACAGCAAGCAGAAGUUGGUGGAACAACAUGAAAAUAUCAAGGUCCUGCGACAUCCGGAUCACGCACGGGCUGGCAUUUUGUUCUGGGCUCACCACGAAAAGUUGGUCAUAGUGGACCAAACGUACGCUUUUGUGGGUGGUAUCGACCUUUGCUAUGGCCGUUGGGACGACUAUAAGCAUCGUUUGACCGAUUUGGGAAGUAUAUCUAGUAGCAAUUGUAGCUCUGCUAAUAACACCACGAUCAGAAAGCCAUCAACCGUUGUGGAGUUGGAUGGAGUUGGAGCGGUGUCUAAUUUGAUGAGAGCAUCGAAGAACAUAGCCGAAGCAACGGCUUUCGAUACCGUGGACAGGGCUCUACCAGUAGUCGAACCCGGGAGCAAAUUACUGAUAGCAGCAGCGCAGAAACUAUCCCAAACGCAAAAGAGUGAAAGUGAAGCGAUCCCAGAGAACACAAAGAAAGAUACACCAGAGAUGGAGAGAAAGAACAUCAUGGGGAAGAUAAAGGACAUGGGACGAGAUCUAAAGAACAUGAUGACUUUGACCGAGAACGAUGGUGACCAGGUAGCGAAAAGCAGCUCGAGUAGUCCGGGCUAUUUGUCUGAUGAAGAAAUCAAGCGAACAACCCAUUUAGAAGUGGCAGCUACAGAAACAGAAACUGACACGUAUUCGAGCGGUGUGUUGAGUCCUGUUCCUUUCCAGAGUAAAAUUAUCUUUGAAGUCGACGGACAAGCCAAGUUCUGGAUCGGAAAGGAUUACAUCAAUUUCAUUGUGAAAGAUUUUUCAAAUUUGGAUAUGCCCUAUGUAGAUCUGGUUGACCGUUCAUCGACCGUACGUAUGCCAUGGCAUGAUGUGGCUACCGUGGUUUUGGGUCAAGCUGCCCGUGAUGUAGCCCGACACUUCAUCGAACGUUGGAAUGCAGUCAAGCUGGAAAAAUGUCGAGAAAAUAUUCAAUAUCCGUAUAUUUUGCCGAAAAGCUACAAUGACAUUCGGAUAGAUAGCCGAUUUCUGGAUGUACCGCUACAUCAUGUAACCUGUCAAGUGUUACGAUCUGCUUCCAGCUGGAACUGCGGUUUCAUUGAGCAGGAUUGUGUCGAGCAGAGUAUUCAUGAAGCAUAUGUGCAAACCAUUUCAAAAGCGCAGCAUUACAUCUACAUUGAAAAUCAGUUCUUUAUUAGUUUAGAGCUUGGUAACCCAACUGUGAAGAACCAGAUUGCAGAGUACUUGUUCAAGCGAAUAAUGAGAGCCUUCCGCGAGAAAAAGGUGUUCCGGGUGUACGUAGUUAUGCCACUUCUUCCAGGUUUCGAGGGUGACGUCGGAGGUGCUAGUGGAAUCUCGUUACGGGCUAUAACUCACUGGAACUAUGCGUCUAUAUGCAGAGGAAAGAACUCGAUACUUUCUCGAUUGAGCUCUGCCGGUAUUAGGAAUCCUUUUGAGUACAUCUCCUUCCACAGUUUACGAACGCACUCUACGCUGAAUGGAGUGCCGGUAACUGAAUUGAUUUACGUCCACUCCAAACUACUGAUUGCCGACGAUAGAGUAGUUAUCUGCGGAUCGGCGAACAUCAAUGACCGCUCAUUGCUUGGAAAACGAGACUCGGAGGUGUGCGUUAUGAUAACCGAUGAAAGCUUCGAAGAAGGUCGUAUGAAUGGUGAAUCUUACCCAUGUGGAGUGUACGCUGGAAAGCUGCGUAAAUACCUGUUCAAAGAACACUUGGGUUUGCUGGAAACUAAUGCCAAUCGAAGCCCCGUAGAUUUGACAGAUCCGGUAAUCGAUUCAUUUUGGAACGGUAGUUGGCGCUGGACUUCCCGCAAGAAUACACGUCUCUUUGAUGAAAUCUUCCGCUGUAUACCGUCCGAUAAUGUGCAAUCGUUUGUGAUGUUGAAGAAGUUUCUUGAAGAGAAGAGCUUAGCUCUAACAGACCCGGAGGGAACUCAGAAAGCGCUGCAGAGGAUCGAAGGAAAUUUGGUAGACUUGCCGCUAAAGUUCUUGUGCAACGAAGUGCUGACACCUCCUGGAACCAGCAAGGAAGGCAUUAUGCCGACCUACAUGUGGACCUAAAUGCGAUCGUACUCUAAUCAGUGUCUUUUGGCCGUUUGUUAGUAUUUAUUAUUUUGUUAGAUUUUUGUUCAUAUUUGUUAAGGAAAGUGACUACACCCUACCUAGAGGUAAAGGGUAAGUUCGUUAAAAACAUUCCUUCGAGAAACGUACAAUUUUAGCUGUUUACCAAUCAAGCACAUUUAAAGUACUGUAGACAAACAGAACAUAAAGUUUGACUUUUUAUUUUAAA